AUGAACGGGACGGCCAACCCGCUGCUGGACCGCGAGGAGCACUGCCUGCGACUCGGGGAGAGCUUCGAGAAGCGGCCGCGGGCCUCCUUCCACACCAUCCGUUAUGACUUUAAGCCGGCGUCUAUAGACACUUCCUGUGAAGGAGAGCUUCAGGUUGGCAAAGGCGAUGAAGUCACAAUUACACUGCCACACAUCCCUGGAUCCACACCACCGAUGACUGUGUUCAAGGGGAACAAGCGGCCUUACCAGAAGGACUGUGUGCUGAUCAUCAAUCACGACACUGGAGAAUAUGUGCUGGAGAAGCUCAGCAGCAGCAUCCAGGUCAAGAAGACACGAGCUGAGGGGAGUAGUAAAAUCCAAGCCCGGAUGGAGCAGCAGCCCCCGCGACCCCCACAGCAAUCCCAGCCGCCGCCGCCGCCACCACCGAUACCGUUCAGAGCACCAACGAAGCCUCCGGCUGGACCCAAAACCUCUCCCUUGAAGGAUAACCCCUCACCUGAACCUCAGCUGGAUGACAUCAAAAGAGGGCUGAGGGCCGAGGUGGACAUCAUCGAGCAGAUGAGCAGCAGCAGCGGGAGUAGCUCCUCGGACUCUGAGAGCUCCUCGGGGAGCGACGACGACAGCUCCAGCAGCGGCGGCGAGGACAGCGGCCCCGCGUCGCCCCCGCAGCCCUACGGCGGCCGGCCAGCCGUGGCCAACGGGACCGGAGCCCCGCGGCCGCCAGGGAACACGCAGCUCAUGAGCACCCUCAGAAAUGACUUGCAGUUGAGCGAGUCUGGCAGUGACAGUGAUGACUAG